UCUGCGCGACUGGAUGCGCAAACUGAAGGACGCCGCCUACGACGCCGGCGACCUGCUGGACGAGAUCCGGACGCAAGCGGCCCUCCGGCAACAGCAGCAUCCGGAGGUGCAGAAUCAAAACCAGCCAGCUGAAAAGGAUGAAAGAGCUCAGAGAAAAGAUCGGUAAGAUCGCGAAACAAAGAAAUGAUUUCGGUCUUGCCGAAGCUGGCCCUGGUCGGCAGGCUGAGUUCAAGCACCGUGAGACAUUCUCGGCCGUCGACGAAAAGGAAAUAGUUGGGAGAUAUGAUGAUAAAGAGAAAAUUGUGAAGCUACUGCUAGAGACGGCCGGCGAUCACGACGUGUCGGUCAUUCCGAUCGUGGGAUUGGGGGGUUUGGGGAAGACGACGCUCGCUCAAAUGGCCUUCAACGACGGACGGGUUACGGGCCAGCAGCGCUUCGAUCUACGGGUGUGGGUCUGCGUGUCUACCGAUUUCCACAUGAAGACGAUUGAUUGCAAAGCCGGUAAUAUCUGCAACCAAAGAGGAGUGUGAUCUUGAUAACUUGGAAUCCGUAGCGAGUUUUCUCCUCAGGAUUUUUAGUCUAAACAGAUUUUUGCUGGUGCUGGACAAUGUAUGGAACGAAGAUCAGGAAAAGUGGGAGAAAUUGAAGGUCUUAUUUAAGGACGGCAAGAAGG